AUGACCUCACAAUGUGGGGAACAUCCUGAACAUUGUGACUUUGAGCGUUCCUUGACCUACCCAGGUGGGUACGGUGCGAAGAUUGGGCAGGGUAAAAAUAACUGGUCUCGGUGCUCGGUACUAUCGGACCGACUCACCGGCGAUGGCAGCUGUAAGGCGCAUAGGUGCUGUUUUCUGAAACCCAGCUUCUCGGUUGCUGUAGCAUCCAAAGAAAUGAUCCUUGCACUCCGUGUGGGUUGGAUAGAUUUUAUAACUAGUCAGAUCACUCGGAGUCCCACUUUAAGCUCGACAAUAGAGCGCGACGGGAAUCCUUUGAUCCGCGAUAUGAGUUGUCGCUGUCGUGGUAUCAUGUGGUAUUUUGGGCUUCUCGCCCAGGUCGCUUUUUCUCAACACCAAGCUCCUGAUCCCUCCGAAAAACCCGAAAAUGCAGAAGCUUCAGCUCCAUUGCGGAUAGCCAAAAUGCUGGAAGGACAGGCAAUCGUCAACCGGUGGCUUGCUUCUUUGAAUUACCAUGUGUUAGGGCUUUGCGUGAUUCUUUGUUUGAUAAUCGGAGUUAUACUGAUGAUCCGAAGGGGAGCUCGAGCAUUCCACUUUGGAUGGUUUUUGUACGGCAAACCCCCGAGAGGUCAAGUCUUCCAACCUGCCCACGUCUCCCAACAUCCUAAAAGCUGGCAGGCUGAAUUGGGGGCAGUCAGACAAAUCUACGGCUUCACGUUUCUGCAAAACGUUCCGCUCAUUUCUAAUUUCACCUUCGGUCAACUCACACUAUCAAGUUUUUUUGUUGGAUUGGUCGUGAUCCUAGCUGUUCUCUCUAACCCAGCUCCAACCCAGAACCCUAGGAGAUUUGGCUACCUGGCAGCGGCGAACAUACCUUUCUUGGUCUUAUUUUCGAUGAAAAACUCUCCACUAGCAUUACUCGGUAAAGGAUAUGAAAAGUUAAACUUCAUCCAUAGAUUCAUUGGCUUUGUGGUGAUUGCAUGUUCUUUGAUUCAUGGGGGUCUGAUGACCUCUUUUAUGUCGCAAGGCAAGAUUUCGAACACAAGAGCCUUCUAUAGUGGCUGCUUUAUGGGUUUCAUGUUGUUGCUGGUCGGUAUUACAGCGAUUCCCGCCAUUCGAAGAAGAAUCUACAAAAUAUUUUAUAUCGUCCAUGUGCUGGGUUAUCUCUCACUAUUUGCAGGUGGGAUCUAUCAUGAGAAAGCUCUUCGGCCUUACAUGAUCUCGGCAAUCUCACUUCAUUUACUUUCAAGUGGAUGGCAAGUACUCAAAUGGAAGAUGUACACUGCGACACUGACGCCGCUUCCCGGGAAAAUAACCCGAGUCGAAAUAAAUGGAAUCAAAACUGGCUGGAAAGCAGGGCACCAUGUUCGCUUGAGGGUGCUCGGCAGCUUUUGGCAAGGCUUACAAGCACAUCCUUUUACCAUAGCAUCUGCUCCUUCAAGGAGUGGCAGUGAAACAAACAGCCUCAUAUUAUAUGUCAAAGCGGUCGGAAGCUUCACCACAAUGCUUUAUGCCAAAGCAGUCACUGUCGAUGGAUUCAGUGACAUAAGGCCCGUUUCGCAAAGCAGAUUUUCAAAUGGAUCACAAAAACUAGUCCAACUUCCCAGCGACAUAUGCAGUUCUAUAACCAAUUCGGAAAACAAGAGCUCUUCAGUUGGGUCAAUAGGAACACUACAAAACUCAGAUAAGAAUCAUCAUGGGACAAUAUCACGUAUGGCCACCUUGGAUAUUGGCUUGCCUGAUGGAGUUGAAGUGAAUGUUCAUGUUGAAGGUCCGUAUGGAGGGAUUGGAUGGCAUGGCUUGGACGAGUUCAGGGAUGUGAUUAUUUGUGCCGGGGGUAGUGGGAUUUCGUUUCUGGUAGCGGUCGUGUCGGAGCUUGUUUCCUUAGCUAAAGUCGGGGGCAUCACUAAGAGAGCCUUGGUGAUAUUUACAGUUCGAGAUUGGGAGGUUGCAAAAUAUUUUGGAAAUAUCCUUGCAAGGGAUAUUGAAGAAUCCUUAACGUAUGGUCUUUCCCUGGAUGUGAGAUUUUUUGUCACAGUCAAAGUGGAAACCCCCAUUCCUUUGGGGGACAUCAAGAUACGAUGGCAACGUCCAUCUCUGGAUGUACUAGUCAAAGAAUUUUUGAUGGAUGUUGUAGGUGGUCAAGGAGUUGGUCUGGGUGCUUGUGGCCCCCCUGGCUUGAUGGCACAAGUCAGAAGCUCUGUGGCAAUGAUUGAUUUGAAGACUGCAAAGAGAGUGGGUGGUAUCAACAUGCAUUUGUAA